ACUUAUACACACAAACCUAACCCUUAUACACACAAACCUAACCCUUAUACACACAAACCUAACCCUUAUACACACAAACCUAACCCUUAUAUACACAAACCUAACCCUUAUAUACACAAACCUAACCCUUAUACACACAAACCUUACCCCUAUAUACACAAACCUACC